AUGACGUCGGAUUACACACUCUGGGAGGUGACGCUCCCAUGUGUAACGUCUGACGCGUACACGAUCAUCGUUAAAGUGCAGAUUAAAUCUGGAAUCAUCCGUGAAGACGACUUGUUGCUAGUUCGCACACCAUUGAGGGUAUUGGUGAGCCCAUUGAAGCCGGAAGUCACAAUGUUUGAGGAUAGGUGGUACUGGUACCAGCAAGCUAAGAAUCAACUUUUAAAGAACUUAGAAGAUGACAGGAACUAUAAUGUUGCUAAGAACAUUAUUUUAUUCAUUGGAGACGGGAUGGGUUUGACCACAGUUACCACGGCUAGAAUCCUUCGAGGUCAGAAGAAAGGUCAAACUGGAGAAGAAAGCGAGUUAGCUUUUGAUAAGUUUGAAUACGUUGCUCUGGCUAAGACUUACAACACAGAUAGUCAAGUUGGAGAUUCUGGAGCUUGCGCAACGGCUCUCCUAUGUGGCGUUAAAGGAAGAUUUGAAACGGUUGGUCUGGAUGACAGUGGAGUGUACGAGCAGUGCGAGAGCAGUUUCCAGUCGCGGAUACCUUGUCUAGCUAAUUGGGCCCAAGCUGAAGGGAAAUCAACUGGACUUGUGACGACAACGCGAGUGACGCAUGCUACCCCUGCUGCUAUGUAUGGCCAUUCGGCGAGUCGGUACUGGGAAAGUGACGCUAAGAUACCAGAAGAUAGCCGACCUCGAUGCAAAGAUAUUGCUCGACAGUUAGUUGAAAAUGAUCCUGGGAGAAAUAUUAAUGUCAUUCUCGGAGGCGGACGCAGUAAUUUUCUUCCCAAGAAAGAAGAAGACGUCCAAAUCCCGACGGACAUGGGACGUCGGGAAGAUGGACAAAAUCUUAUCGAUUCUUGGCAGAGCGACAAGAAGACAAGAGGCCUCAAAUACAAAUACGUGGCUAACAAGAGGGAGUUCGACCAAGUUGACCCGAAAAGCACAGAUUACUUACUGGGUCUUUUCAACUAUGGUCACAUGGCAUAUGAAGUUGACCGUGACUCCGGACCAGACGGAGAGCCAUCUCUGGCGGAAAUGACCCGGAAGUCCAUAGAAAUCCUGCGUAAAAACCCUAGGGGAUAUUUUCUUAUGGUGGAAGGUGGCAGAAUCGAUCACUCACAUCACUUCAAUAACGCCCAUCGUGCUCUGACAGAUACGCUUGCAUUAGAAGAUGCUGUUAGUGUUGCUCUGGAUAUGACGAGAGCCGAUGACACGCUUAUUGUUGUCACAUCAGAUCAUUCUCACGUGUUUGCUUUUGGCGGGAAUCCGAAGAGAGGAAACCCGAUUUUAGGUCUUGACACCAAACCCUCUGAUGUAGACAGUAUGCCUUACACAACUCUCUUGUACGCCAACGGACCUGGAUAUAAUAGAAACUUUCCAACAGGAAGGGAAAAUUUAACUAGUAUUGAUACAGAAGAGAAGAAUUAUGUGCAACAGAGUGCAGUUCCACGCCGCUGGGACACACAUGGCGGCGAAGAUGUUCCUGUCUAUGCUUAUGGGCCCAUGGCACAUUUAUUCCGUGGCGUUCUGGAACAAACAUAUGUACCUCAUGCCAUGGCAUAUGCUGCUUGCAUCGGUCCUCAGCGCGAUGAUUGCGAGCGAAGACGACGACAAGUAUUCCAACGACAGGUCAUCGAAUGCCCCUCUGCUCACAUUGAUGAUUCAUCUGGCCUGAGGUUGCUGUUGUCGACUCCAUACUACUUCUUAUGCUGCAGUUGGACAUUCGUAGUCUUGUUUCUGGCUCGUGUGUAUGUAACGUGACCAGAUGGACUUCGUUGAAGAUUAUAUGAACAAAGUGAUGCAUCACUGGUUGAUAGUGACCUUAAUUAUAUUGUACAUAAAAGUCGGAGUCACGAGAAG